AUGGAGCGGCUGGGCCUGGGCCCCGCGGAGCUCUGCGCGGCGAACCCGCGGCUCGUCUACGCGCGCAUGACGGGGUUCCGGCGCGACGGGCGGUACGCCGCCAUGGCGGGCCACGAUAUCAAUUACCUCGCCGUCAGCGGCGUGCUGGGGAUGCUGGGGUGGCACGCGCGGGAGCGGCCGGCCCCGCCUAUCAACAUCAUGGGGGACUUCGCGGGCGGCGGCGCCGUGCUGGUGCAGGGGGUCCUCCUCGCGCUGCUGGCGAGGGCGCGCACGGGGAGGGGCCAGGUCGUCGAGGCGAACAUGGUGGACGGGGCCGGGUACCUCGCCACGUUCCCGCGGAUGGCGCGCAAGACGCCCAUGGGCGACGGGCCGAGGGGGACGAACGUCCUCGACGGCGGGUGCCCGUACUACGACACGUACCGGACCAGGGACGGGCUGUACGUGGCCGUCGGCGCGCUGGAGCCGCAGUUCUACGCCGCGCUGGUCAGGGGCCUGGGGCUCGAGGGGAAGGGGUGGGAGGAGAGGAGGCUCGACCGGGAUACUUGGCCGGAGAUGAGGCGGGUCUUUGUGGAAGUGUUUGGCAGCAAGACGAGGGCCGAGUGGGAGGCCGUGUUUGACGGCACCGACGCGUGCUGCACGCCUGUGUUUGACUACGGAGAGCUCGAGGGGGCCCGGGAUGGGGACGGGCGCGAGGGUGACCAGCGGCCGACCGUCACACUGCGGGAUACACCGUGCCUGGCUGUCGACUCGGGCACGAGGCCAUCCUCUGCGGACGCGGCCAGCCGUGGCCAGGGCGCUGGGGUCGCCGGCGAUGGGUACGUCGGUGAGCCCUUGGCGCCGGGCGAGGGCGGCGAGGCGGCGCUCAAGGCCUGGCUCGGGUGGGAGAAGGGGAGGCAGUACGAUAUCGAAAAGGGUGGUCUAGUUCUGAGGACGGGCUCCAAGUUGUGA